AUGGCUUCGAAGGUCAUGUUGGCAAUCAUAUGCAUUGCUUUCGUUUUUGCUCCAGGGGAAGCAACAAGAAGUGAUGGAGAUCCUACGUUGUAUUGCAUCCCUGGAGAUCAUGGGUGUCCAGAUGUGAAUGCUUGUUACGAUUAUUGCAUGACUUUUCCCUUCCGUGGGGGUGCGGUGUGUAGGCCCAACAACUUGUGUUGUUGCAAAGCAUAG